GUAUAAAUUUAAAAAUCACUUUUGCUUCACUGUAUUUUCACUAUGAAUCACUUUAUGAAGAUACUAUGGCUCUGUUCACUAGUAUCUUCUGCUUUCACUCAAGAUCUUGAUCAGCUGUACAGCUAUGUGAGUGCAAAGAUAGCGGAAACAAAUUCGUACCAGACACCGAUAAAUAAUGAACGUUUAUUUAAAACGAAUAAUUCUACUAUCUACGAUUUUGGACAAUAUGACUUUAUAAUUGUUGGAGCUGGAGCUGCUGGUUGUGUCUUAGCCAACAGACUUACAGAAAUUAGCAAAUGGAACGUUCUACUUCUAGAAGCUGGUGGAGAAACAAAUGCAUUUAGUGAUAUCCCACGAUACAGCAAUGCUUUGAAACAGACCGACAUGAACUGGGGCUACUUAACAACCCCACAGAAAACUUGCUGUCAAGGUAUGAACAACAAUCAAUGUAUAUACCCCAGAGGAAAGGUAAUAGGAGGUUCAACCACAAUCAAUGCUGCAAUAUACGCCCGAGGUAGCGCAUCAGAUUACAACCAUUGGGCAGCCAUGGGAAAUUUAGGAUGGUCUUACAACCAUAUCCUUAAGUACUUUAAAAAGUCUGAACAUGUCGCUCUUAAGUCAUAUGACAUUAAUUAUCAUGGAAAAAAUGGAGAACUUUACGUCAACCAAACAACACCUCCUUCAAUUGUUUCGAAGUAUUAUAUAGAUGCCAACAAAGAGAAACAUCUAAAAGAAAUUGAUUACAAUGGAAGAAGGCAACUUGGUGUGUCAAGGAUUCAAUUUAAUCAAAAAGAUCGUGUACACCAAAAUGCUGCGCAUGCGUUUUUGGAUGGUAUAAAGACUCGAUCUAAUUUAAAAAUUGUACUUAAUGCAGGAGUGAACAAAAUUCUUCUAAAAGGUAAAAAAGCAACUGGAGUAACGUUUGUAUUAAAUGGAACGAUAUAUAAAGCCACAGCAGGCAAGGAAGUCAUAUUAUCAGCAGGAGCGAUCAACUCACCCCAACUGUUAAUUUUAUCUGGUGUUGGACCUAAAACUGAUUUAGAAAACCUCAACAUUCCUGUUCGAAAUGACCUACCUGCUGUUGGAAGGAACAUGCAAGACCAUCCUUUGUUUGGUAAUCUAUACUUCAGAACCAACCUAUCAUCUCCUGUACUCUCUCUUAAAGAAAAUCUGGCGAACUAUUUAGAAGGAAAAGCACCCUUUACUAACGGCAAUGGCCUGGAAAAUAUUGCUUUUAUUAACUCCGAUCAUAUAACUACAGGAGAACUCGAUAUCGAAUUUUUAACAUUUGCUCCUCCUUUAGGAGUACCAGCAAAGAAUCUGCAGAAUUUACAAGACGAUGUUGCAAAAGUAUUUAGUGAGUACAAUACUUCGACUGACUUAGGAGUUUGUAUAGCUUUAAUGAAACCAAUGUCCAAAGGAAAAGUCACUUUGCAAUCAAACAAUAUAGUCGAUUUUCCUCUGAUCGAUAUCAAUUACUUUUCUGAUGCUAACAAUAACGAUCUAGAAACAAUGUAUAAAGGAAUUAAAUAUAUUUUAAGCCUUGCAGAUACCAAAGCAUUUAAGAGCAUUAAUGCUACAUUUGUUGCCAAGCAACCUCGCUGUGAACAUCUUAAAGAUAAAGAUAGAGAAUACUGGUACUGUGCAUUAAGACAUAUGGCUGUUACAGAGUUUCAUCCUGCAGGAACAACAAGGAUGGGCCUUUCUAAGAGAAACUCUGUAGUCAAUACAAACUGUGUUGUGCAUGAGUAUAAAAAUUUUAGAGUGGUGGACGCUGGAGUUAUGCCAGAGAUUACAAGAGGACAUCUGAUGGCUGCUGUUUAUAUGAUUGCUGAAAGAAUUUCAGAUGAAAUUAAGAAAGCACAUAGAGUGAUCUAAGAAAAUUAUUACGAGUUAUGUAAAAAAUGUAAAUAAAAUUCUAAAUAAAAAAUAGAUGUUCUUAUCAUAUUCUU